AUGGCGGAUUACUAUGGCCAGGAUCCAGUUCAGGAUGCCGCCGCUGCAGCCGCUGCAGCUGCUGGCUACGCGCAACCUGGCUACGGAGCGCCCGCGCCGUACGGCGCGCAAUUUCCUGGGAUGCCGUACGGCCCACAAUUUCCCGGGAUGCCCUUGCAGUACCCCCCGCAGCCCUAUUACGGUCAGCAGCACUACGUUGCUGCAGCGCCGCAGCCGAUGGCCUUCGCAGAGGCGGCGCCCAUGCCAGGAGCCACUGCGCCAGUCGCGGUGGCUGGCGUGGCGGCGCCGGCGCCUGGGGCGGCCCAACAGGCACAGCAGGCGCUGGCGCAGCCGGCCCAGCAGGCUGGGGCUGCGGCGCAGCCGUUGCCCAGUGCAGCUGCUCAGCCUCAGCCUGGCACCGCAGGGCCGGCGGCGGCGGCAGGCGAGGGGCAGCUCCACCUCACCACGCACGACUGGGAGCCAGACCAGCCAGGCCAGCUGUGGGUGACCAGGGGCACCCUCGUUACGGUGUCGUUCCGUGCCGAGCACGGCUGGGUUUACGCGGGCACGGUCCAGCUGGGGAGCUCGAAGCCAGCUUCGGAGGGCUGGGUGCCUCAGGCCGUUGUGAAGCGGGUGAGCCUUUGCCGGGUGAUUGUGGAUUGGCCUGCCGAGGGGGCCAACACCCUCGGCGUGACCAGGGGCGAGAUCAUCGCCGUGUCCAAGGAGGCGGACCGCGGCUGGGUGUACGGUGAGCGCCUGGGUCCCAAGCAGCUGGACGGCCCCUCGGAAGGCUGGCUACCCAAGAAGGCCCUCGAGUGCAUGCAGACCUGA